AUUAAAUUGAAAAAUUGUCACUUGAUUGAAAUUUACCGUUACUUUUCAGUUUAAGCUAAUUAACUAAAAUUGGCCUAUUCCGAUGGCGUUAACUUUUCAAGCCUGGUUGAAUCGGGACAUUUCAUUUCCAAGGAGUAAAUUUAUUAAUUAUGAUAAUGAUGAAAUUGUUAAGCCAAGAGAGUCAAUGAAUCAACGUAUUAAUCGUGGUAAUAAAAUGACCGGUGGUCAAUCAAUUGAUUACAACGAUACAAAAUUCAAUCGAUUGGUACAAUUUGUGAGGAGCAUAUUUUCAUUCAAGAAUCACCGGUUAACACCAUUGAACUUAAUCGCUUGCAUAUUGUCAACUUGUGGCCUGAUUUGGCAGGUAUGGCAAGUGUCCAGUGUUUAUUUUGAUUAUCAGACUCGAGUUGAUAUAAUUAUCUCAAUUCCCGAAGCACUGGUCAUCCCAGGGUUGACCGUUUGCCUUGAUAUUGUUCCUAAUAAAACUUUACUUAGCUCGUAUUUUCCUGGUGCCAAUUUUACAUCGGCAACGAGCACUUUCUUGGCCUCAAGUUUAACUUAUCUUCCCAUUAAUGUGCUCGCCUCGAUGAACACGGUCAAUUUAACUUUCGAUUGUAAAACUUCAGUUCCCGAAGAUCAAUUGGCCAAUAUAAGUGAUGCCUGUGAAUCCUUUUCUCCGGUCAAAGUGACAAUACAAUCGUCGGCUCGCUAUGAUACGGUUCGAAAGUGUUACACUUAUUUUUACAACUCGAAUCCUAAGCAAGAUAUUCAAUUGGUGGACGUUGAUGCAAGAGAUUUUUACACUUUACAAGUACAUUCAUUGGUUAACCAUUCGGUUACCGUUUAUGUUCACAAUCCUCGAGAAAUUGUACCUUUCGAAGAGUCUGAUUCUUUUCUUUUCUUUACCCGACAAGCAUCUCGAAUUGUGGUCACUUCGUCAAGAGUGAGAACGUCCCUGCUUCCACCUCCAUACCGAACUAAUUGUGUCUUUUACAAUGAAACGGAAUACGGUCGAACUGGUUGUAUCUAUGCUUGCCGAUUAGCCGAAGCUCGGAAAGAUUGCAAUCGAUGGCCUUACAAUGUACCCGCUCCUGUGAGCACAUCAGUCCCGUUUCGGAUACGCGGACGAAGCUGCACUUCGGCAAGAAGAUAUUCUUGCUCGAAGCAAACUGUUUGUGCCAAUCAGUGUCACAACAAUUGGUACACAACCUCAUUAACUCAUCUUCGAGAUAAAAAAGAUCCAAAUGACGCUUAUACCCGAUUCUCAGUUCGCAGGCCAUUGGGUAUUCAAUUCCAAUAUCUAUAUGGACCUCGACUAGAUGCGAUUGAGUUUCUUUGCUAUGUUGCAAGUUCAUUCGGUAUGUGGAUGGGAAUCUCAGUUUUCGAUCUCACCUUGUUGACCAUCUCAUGGACUCGAAAACGAAUCCCGAAAAGGCCAAAAAAGAUCCACGGUGUUGUAAUCCUAAAAUAACGCGAAUCGGUCAAUCUUUAUACUAAUUAAAAGGUAAAUUAUUUUCUAUCCAUCGAUCGGCUUACCUUUCCUAUUAUGAGAGUUUCAUUAAUUGAUAAUAUCGA